AUGGGAACUCGAGAGGUCUACGAAGAGAAACUAAGGACCGGAAAUCUCCACCACGAUCCCACCCUCAACCCUGGCCUCGGUUCUCCUCGAUGCCCUCGCUGUCUCUCUCUCCUCAACCCUAAUUCCGAAAGAGGCGAGUGGACCAUCACUCCUGUCUUGCACGACGCCACUGCUGUCGCUGGCUCGGGGAUUGGUGGUAUGCUUAGUGCAGUUUAUGGUCUGAAUACAGGUUUACCGUACAUUCAAAAUGGUCUGAAGGGACCAAAGUGGCUUCCUUUUGUAGUUGGGAUUCCUCCAUUGUUGAUAUUCUCAGGCAUAAGUGCUGCAUUUGGAGGUUAUGUGCUUCCAAAGUUCACUCAGCUCACUGUAACAUCCUAUUAUGCUUCCUCGAGUGCCUCGCAUUAUGGAAUCUCUCUUCUUACCCGACACGUUGAAGAGAACUACAGUUCCAAAAAUCAGCAUCUCAAGAGACUCUGA